UUUUACGACAGAGAAUGUUCGUUAUUUUAAGGGGUUUGUUCCGUUGAAGUGUUUCGAAUUUGUAAAUUGGAUUCUGGUUUAAUGUGUCUGUUUUCUAGAGAACCUUUCCGUUUGGAGGGCAGUUAAGUAUUUUGCAGAUGAGGUGAUGAGGUGACAGUGACGGAAAGUUUGAAUUUGCCGCCGAGCUGGUUGCCGCCCUGAUGCAGAUCAGCGACAUCGGAGCCCGGCCCCAGGGCAAGAUCUGGCACCGAAGGCCCAACCCCUCAGCAACCGACAGCAUCAUAGUUAAUGUUACUCAUAGUGCAGUGGGCUAUCACUCAAAGACGAUUCGAUUUCUUCAUGUUGCAUUUGAUGCUGUAGGAGAAGCUUUUCUUGCUGGUGAUCACCAGGGCAACAUCUAUCUCUUUGACUUGAGCAGGAAUAGCUUUAAACUUGUGCAGCGCACAGGGCAGGCAUGUACAGCAUUGGCUUUCAAUCUCCGAAGGAAGACAGAAUAUUUGGUUGCUCUGGCAGAUUACUCCUUAAAAUGUUUUGAUACAGAAAGCAAAGAGCUUGUGAGUUGGAUGAGGGGUCAUGAGUCUGCGGUUUCAUGCAUUUCUGUUCAUGGAUCUGGAAGAUAUGCUAUCACUACAUCAUCUGAUACAGCACAACUCUGGGACUUGGACACAUUCCAACGAAAAAGGAAAUUGAAUGUACACUUGUCAGUCGGCAUUCAGAAGGUUUAUUUCCUUCCACUAAGUAAUACAAUCAUCAGUUGCUUUAAGGAUGGUUCUGUCUUUGCCUGGGAAAGUGACACUCUCCAUUGCAAGUACCAAUUACCUGUACCCGAAGAUGAAUCCCGGAUCAAUUAUAGAGCUUUUGCUGUUUCUAGGGAUGGUCGUGCUCUUGUAGCAGGAGGAAAAUCAAACUUUCUUCACCUCUGGUGCCUGAAUGCCAGGCAACUUCAGCGGAUCAUUCAGAUGCCUCCUAAAGUGCGAACUAUUCGACAUCUGGAAUUUCUACCUGACAGUUUUGAUGGUGGAUCAAGCCAGGUUGUUGGUGUCUUGAGUCAGGAUGGCAUCAUGAGAUUUAUCAAUAUCCAGACCUGUAAACUGCUUUUUGACAUUGGAAGCCUUGAUAAUGGAAUUAACACUGUGGCAAUCAGUUCAAAUGGACAUUACAUUGUAGCAGUCCUGGAGGAUGGCAGCAUUAACAUUUAUAGUGUUAAGUCUUUGUCACGGGAAUUAAACAAGCCUCCUCCUCCACUGGUUAAAGUAGUGGCAGAUAGUGAGAAGACCAAGGAUCCUCAAAAUCUGAAUCAUGUUUCUGGUUUGAAACUAAGAGUGACAUCUGGAAAAGUUGGAAGACCUUUGAGAGGAAAAUCAACUGGAAAGAAAAUCCAAACCAGGGUGUUAAAACCAUCUGACAAAAUUACAGAUGACAAAGAGAAUGUACUUCCAGCUGGUCUAAAUAAAAAACGGCUACAGGCCUUGCUGAAAGAAUUUGGAGAAUAUCCAGAGAAGUACAGGAUGUUUAUUUGGCGGUCUUUAUUGCAAUUGCCUGAGAACCAUGCAGCUUUCAGUAGCCUCACUGAUAAAGGGAUACAUGCUGCAUACAUGGGAAUUCAAGAAAGAUACCCUAUUAAAAGUCAAAAACUUCUAAGAAUUCUUCAAAGGGUUCUGUCAGCCAUGGCUCACUGGUCAGCCAUCUUCGCUGAGGUCUCAUAUCUUCCACUGCUCGCAUUUCCAUUUGUCAAACUUUUUCAAAACAACCAAUUAAUUGGAUUUGAAGUUGUUGCUACCAUUAUAACAAAUUGGUGUCAACACUGGUUUGAGUACUUUCCAAAUCCUCCAAUAAAUGUCCUCAGUAUAAUUGAGAAUAUUCUUGCUCAUCAUGAUAAAGAACUUCUGCAUCACUUGGUGAAAUACAACAUAACCACACAGUUAUAUGCCUGGCCUCUAAUGGAAACACUCUUCUCAGAAGUGCUAACGAGAGAGGAAUGGCUUAAACUAUUUGAUAAUGUGUUCUCCAAUCACCCAUCCUACCUCCUGGUGGCAGUAGCAGCCUAUUUAAUUUGUUCACGAACUCCUUUGCUCCAAUGCAAUAUUAAAGAAGACCUUGAGCAUUUCUUCCAUCACCGUAACAACCUGGACCUAAGUGCCGUAAUCAAAGAAGCCUACCACCUCAUGGAUACCACACCCGAGGAUAUCCACCCUAAACGCCUGUUGGAUGACUUUGUACCAUUAACUAGAGGGCAAUAUCCGAUAUUUAACAAAUAUCCAAAGUUUGUUAUUGAUUAUCAGACUAAAGAACGAGAGAGGAUCUGGCAUGAGGAAUUGGAAUAUUUAAAAGAAAGGCAGUUGGCACAUGGACUUCAAGCUGAAAGUGUGAAGAGGCAGGCUGAGAAUGCAGCCUGGUACCGACAACAACAGCUACUCCAGGAAGCUGAGGAGCAGAGGAGAAAGAUUCUCCAUGAAGAGGAACAGAAACUUGUAGAACAGAGAGUGAGACUUGCUGCUGUGAAACGUGAACUGAAGAUAAAAGAACUUCAAAUCUUGGAUGCAGCACAAAGGCGUUUCCUGAAACAUCAGCAAGACCAACAGAAAUCUGAAUUAAGGAGACUUGAUGAUGAAAUAGACAGGAAGGUCACUCUCCGAAGCAAGGAAACUGCUGCUUUGAUUCAGGACGUUGAAGUCAGAAACAUGGAACUAGAGAUACAGAAAAAAAUACUUGAGCAACAACUUGCCAAGGAGCAGGAGGCUGUGACGCGAGAUGUGAAAGGACACUUGAACACCAAUUGGAUUAAGGCAGACGUUGAAGAACAGAAGUUUAAGAGGUUGCUGGAAAUGGACCAAUGUACUGAUGUUCUGGAUUGUAAGAAUGAUGAAGAGUCAGCUGAAAGUGAUCAAUUGUCAACCAAUCUGGGCUGGCAAGCACAGAUGCUGGAGAAGCAAAGAGUCUACAAUUUGAAUCAGGAAAAAUGCCAAGCAGAGUUAGCAGGACUUGCAAAUGAAAAUAGAGAAAGGGAGAUCAAAUUGUUGCAAGCGAUGAAGGAAAUUGAAGGCAAAAAGUGGGAUGAGGUUGUCGAAAGACAUGCUCAGCUAAAACUAUGUCAAGAGAAAGCAGCUGCUGAUGCUCCCAUACCCUCGCUGUUAUCAGAUGAAACUAGCCAAGCAAUGGAACCUGAUGCAGAUCAGUGCAACUAUUUAUCUGAGAGGCUUUCUGACACAAGAACUGGAUGUCCAACAAAGCAAAAAAGGGAUCUGUUCCAAGGCAGUGGAGAACAAAUUCCUGGCAGUGUUUGUUUAAACGACAUGUCCUUGAACUCCUCUGUUCAAUUGUCUUUAGACAGAGGAAGAACUGAUCUGGAAAACAAGGAGCGUGAAUUAAUGACUGGAAUACGCGAGCUAAGACAAAAGCUUGCAACAAGGGCUCGUCAGCAAUAUUCAGCAAACUCUCUGACAGAUGGAACAGCAUAUAAUCAUUGUUAAAUAACCUUUCAGUUAAAUCCAAAUUAUAUAUUAGUACCUAACUUUUAGCGAUAUUUUAUAUUGAUUACUCUUUUAAUCAGAAUACUAUGAAAUUAAGAUUUAAUAUUGUACAGAGUGAUUAAGAUGUGCAUAUCGAGACAUUGUGCUUUUUUAAAAAAAUUUGUUAUUGUACAGAGUUGGCAAUAAAACAGCAGAUAAUUUUUGA